GUGGUAUCACUCAUAUUACUUUAAUUUCUAUUUAAACCCCUUUUGUGUUGUCUCAUCAUUGCGUCAGCACUUUUGAUCGCUUCAUCUACGACACCACUAUUUACAUCAACACAUUGAUCUCUGACUAACUCUCCCUCUCUCUCUGUCGCCAUAAACAAACAAGAACACACACACACCCAAAAACAAACCAACCUUUAUAAACUAGAGACAUUUUCUUGUUGAAUAAAUAUAACCCGCAUAAAAAUUACUCCAUCUCGAAGUAAUAGAAUAUCAUCACAGAGACGACGCGUGAAAAUGGUCUCCUGCUCUGAGAAAUAUGCUGCAGGGCAACACAGGAUAGCAGAUCGUAUGCGAUUAUCUUCAGUCCCGUUAGUUCGUGCCUGCAUCGCUGAAUUACUCGGUACAAUGAUAUUGGUUAUUUUUGGUUGUGGUGUUAUGGCACAAGUGUUUCUUGGGGAUAAUGGAAAGCAAGCGCAUGGGACAUUUAUAUCUGUGAGUAUGGGUUGGGGAUUCGCUGUCUAUAUGGGAGUGUUUUUCUCUGGAAAAUGUGGUUCAGGGCAUAUCAAUCCAGCGAUUACACUGGCGUUUUGUGUGAUUGGAAAAGUACCCUUUCGACGUGUACCUUUGUAUACUAUCUGUCAAAUUAUUGGAGGUUUUCUUGGUGCAGUUGUGAUAUUUUUUGUCUAUCGGGAGAAAAUUCUCAUGUAUGCGCAUAUGAAUGAUGGAGGGAAAUUGUUGUUGAACACAACGGGUGGGAUAUUUGUUACAAAUCCUGGUGCAUCACAUUUGACGUGUUUCCUUGAUCAAGUACUUGGUACAGCAUUGUUGGCAGCUGGUGCGUUGGCUAUUACAGAUCCGAAUGGAUGGAAACUACCUGACUAUUUACAUCCACUGCAUCUUGCAUUUUUAGUUUUUUCUUUAGUCGGUGCUUUCGCAUUAAAUGCUGGAUGUGCUUUGAAUCCUGCAAGAGAUUUAGGUCCUAGACUUAUGCUGUUCGUCUUGGGUUGGGGAAAGAUGGCAUUUACUGGGGCAAAUACUUAUUUUUGGGUACCUAUUGUUGGUCCAUAUAUCGGUGCAGUGAUUGGUGCAGUCCUCUAUGAGCUGACAAUUGGUAUUCACCUGGAUCGUAGCCCUGAUUUUGUUGUUCAUGUUGACUAUGAGGAUACAAGAUCGGAUAAUACAAAAUUAAUGGCUCGUUCAUCUUGAUAAGAAAAGAGAAACAAGAACAAAUCGAAUGCGGUUUUCGCCUCAGAAUAAGCAUUCUGAAUUAUUAUAUAUACAUAUAAAGAGCGAUAGAAUAACAGCCAUUAUUCUUAUCAUUUUGAUCAUUGUUAUCAUACGCAUACUUUCGCUAUUUAAUAAUCCACAAUAUUUAAAGAAAUAAAUAAAAUUCUACUAGACUGUGAAUUAACAUUCUUCAUUAAAACCAAUAAUUAGAUAAGACUUUAAUAAAAUAAAAUCGUUUUUGUUCAA